AUGUAUUCAGCACUCUUGUUCAGCACGUUCGAUCUGAUUGGAGUCCUCCUUAGAACAGAUAAGCCUCAGCUCGCAAUUGGUGUCAUGAUUCGAGUGUGGAAAGACUUCCCGAAUGAGUCUUCGCUUCAUCGGAAAAUAAGCCUCGUGAAGCUUGGCCGUGUUCUUAUUCCGGAGCACGCAAGUGAAAUGAUGCGUGAAUUGUCUGGAUAUGUCUGCAAUGCACUCCACGCUCAACAGAGCCAGCAAGAGACGAAAAAAGACAAUCAAUCAUUCAUCAAGGUGACUACGGCAAAGAUGCUCGCACAGGCUUUGGCUGACGCAGACUUCCUUCCGCAAUCUGAUCAAAUUGAGAUCCUCCAGAGAAUGUUUAAUUCUACUCGCCACAUCGACAUUCGGAGCGAAAUCGUCACCUCACUCCUAGAGCUAGUCGGGAAUAGCGAGAAUGGCAAGGCUUACGAAGUCUUCGUUUCAUUAGCCUCCUCAGUCGCGGGGCCUAACGAGCGGGCCAACAUCACCGAAGCCGAAUGGGACAUGGCGGAAAGACAACGGGGCCCGCUGCCCUACGUUGCACCUGUUUCAGAGCGUCCUAUGCUGGGGUUGGUGGUUUAUACUGCCGCCCUCAAAAUUCCAGAAAAGCUGCGAUCAGACUAUGUGCGAAGCAUCUUGUUGCCCCUACUCCGUGAAUCCACUCGUCAGCAUAUGCGAUGGAUGGCUGCGAUGAGUGCUAGACUGGGGCUCGCCAUCUCCAGCCUGAACAUCACGGAGCAGACGGUCGGACCUUUCUCUCCAGAUUUAGUGAACAGAAUCCUCUGGACAUGGAUGAAAUAUCUCCCAGGGUCAUAUCUCCAAGAAUACCACCGCCCCUGGGCGUUAGGCUACCUUCAAUACGAGUCCUUCAGUCAUAUAGAAAAGGCCCUUGCGGUGACAACUGAGGAAUCGCUUAAGGAAAUCACUAUUCGAGACCAUUGGAAUUCUUUCCUCGACUCGCAACGAAGCCGACCUGUUCUCUACAGUCUGGACCAUCUCCUUCCAGUCUUCGACAGGGACCCAAAAUCUUCGGAUGGAUUGACCGCUGCGCUUGUUCUCGAAGAAUUCAUUUUCCGUGCAGAAGUAAUUACGACAAACCCGGUCAAAUAUAAUGGAGCUUUGAAACAAUACACAGUGUGUCCGGAGUAUGCAUUGGAUCCAUUAAGAGCCCUUAAAAAGACCCGGGUGGGAAGCGUCUCUCGUGUGAAAAAUGCUGAGUUCAAGGCAAAGAUCUACCACCAUCUGACAGAUGCCAUGACCCGAGCUGUUGAUGUUUGUGAACAUGUUCGAAAAGAAGGAUGGUCGACCAACUUGACUGCUGGUUAUCCUGUGACUCUUCCUUCCAACUUCGAAUACGAAAUUCUAAUGCUCCCUUCUCCAACCUAUAACCCCGAGGCCUCCGAAUCCAACUCGGCGGUGGACAUUUUCACUUCUGCGAUUCUCGAUUUGAUCUGCCGGUAUUCCCGGGAUCCGAUCCUGCUGCUUAAAUUCGAUUCUCUCAAAACGAUUUUGCAAGAGGUUCCCUCCGAAAAUUUGAAGGAUUGUGCCUUGUCUCUGGGCAAUUCUCAGCGCGAGGAGCAUGAUCCCUUCGUGAUGUGUCUGAGAGCCAAGUUGGCAUGUUUCUUAUUGGACCGGGUGGGGUCUAAAGGUACACUCUUGGACGUGGAGUUACUGGGAAUGAUAGACGAUUGGAAGAAAAGCAAUCUUGAAAUCGUGCGGCAGAUUGGAUGGGGAUUUCGGUAG